AUGGCGGGAAGGCUGGUCUCCAUGCUCCGGUGGCCGCUAGAUCUCGGGGGCCUGCCUAGCCAGCUGGCCGCCCUGCUGCCGUCGCCGACGUCAUACGCGUCCCUCCAGUGGGACUGGCGGCCGGAGCAGCUCGGCGCGGCCAUUCGGCGGUGGCCCGAGCUCGUGGCGGACGUGCCCCUCGUCGUGGACGCCGUGCUCUGGGGCGUCGUUACCGCCGUCGAGUCCGUCGCGCUCAUCUCCAUGAUGUGCUGCUUCUUCCUCUUCUGCGGCUGCACGCUAUGA